UCAAAGCCAACCCAGGAAGACAGGGCAGGACACUGCAGACUUCUUCACUAGAAAACACACAUUUUUAAGCAAGAUUACCACAGUGUAGGACAACGGGAGAAAUGAAGACAACAAUGGCAACUCUGAUUCUCUGCCUGGUGGUGCUCAUGGCCACAGGUUUCCCUUUCGAGAGGAAAGGGGGAUCCCCCUCCGGCGGCGCUGCCAAGGAGAAGCGUGUACAGUACGCAGCGUGGGAUGACGUGAAUGUCAUUGCCCAUGGCCUGCUGCAGCUGGGCCAGGGGCUGAAGGAGCACGUAGACAAAACCAAAGUCCAGAUGAGGGACAUUUCCACCAAGCUGAAGGUUUUCAAUCGCACAGUGACCGAGCUGGGAAAGGAAAGCCAGAAGCUGCGAGUGGAGGGGGAGGCCCUGAAGGUCCAGGCCCAGGGGCUGGAGGACAGAGAGGGGCACCUGCUGAAUGUCACAGCCGAGCUGAGGGAGAAGGCAGAGGAGCUGCAGCAGGAGAGGAGGACAAUGAGUGAGAGGAUGAGCCGGCUGGAGGAGAGAGUGGACAGCAUGCUGCAGGGAGAUGCCAUGCUGUCCGACACAAACACUGGUGCCAGGAACAAGAGUGAUGCACGUAACAUCCAGCUGAUGCUGGAGGCUCAGAACAGACGCAUUGACGAUCUGAUGGAGAGGAUCAGACUCCAACAGGAGAAGCUCGACAAGCAGAACGUGCGCAUCAGGACCCUGCAAAGUCAGAUUCAGCAGUCCCGACAGAGGCCCUCCCCGCGGAGCAGCAACACCGACGGCUUCGAUCAGAGUGGCAUCGCCGAGCAACGCGACUCGCCAGUCGAGAUGGCAUCAGACUGCCAUGAGCUGUUCCUGAGGGGAGAGACCACCAGUGGGGUCUACACCAUCCAGCCAAUAAACGCAGAGCCCUUUAAAGUCUUCUGUGAGAUUACAGCUGAUGGUGGAUGGACGGUGAUCCAAAGGCGCCAUGAUGGCUCAGUGGACUUUGACCAGCUAUGGCAAGCCUAUGAGAAAGGCUUUGGUAGCCUGAAUGGAGAGUUCUGGUUGGGUCUAGAAAAGAUCCACUCCAUUGCCAAAGAUGGUGGCUACAUCCUCAACAUCAAGCUCUCCGACUGGGGGGAGGACUUAGCAUCCGUCCGCCUCCCCUUCCAACUGAGCGGAGAGGACACCAAGUACUCACUCAAGAUUCAGGAAGCCGGCACUUUCAGCACCUUGGAGAGUUCCCUGGGGACUGACGCCGCCUCCGGCCUGCCUUUCUCCACCCGCGACCAAGACAACGACCAGAAAAGCGACACCAACUGUGCCAAGCACCUCUCUGGUGGUUGGUGGUUCAGUAACUGCGGUCGCUCCAACCUAAACGGCAGAUACUUCCAGAGUCCUCCUCCCAAGCAGCGACACCAGAGGAAGCAGGGAAUCUUCUGGAAAAGCUGGAGAGGCCGCUACUACCCUCUGAAGUCCAGCAUGAUGAUGAUCGCCCCUGCUGCGAUCGAGAACAAGUCAUAAAAAAUAGAAACAGACAGAGUAAAGGUCAAGACAAAGAGAAGGGGUGAGAAAGAAGUAGAUUUUGGACUAUUCUUUCUUUUCAUGGUGCUUGGUUGAUGAAGUAGAGGUUUCCAUUUCCCUGGCUGUCUCCCUGCUAGGGAGCCCUAAUGCCAGAGCCAAGGCCCUCAAAUAGAAGCAAAAAGAACUCACAGUCAAAUGAGUUUGAUGUUUCCACUGCUGUUCUCUGAGAGACGAGCAGAUUGCUCCCUUGCACCUAAAGCCACUGAUGGAAAAAGAGACACAAGUAAAACAUGCAGUGAAAACGUUGUUGUGUUUUGUUUUACCAUUGCAAUUGAUUCCUUCUGGUGGCGUGAAACAGGGGCCCCUAGUCAGGAGAGCGGCACAGAGCGAGUGCAGGCCUGUCUACUGCGCUGUAAGCCACAAAACAUUUCCAACAAGUCCAGACUCCUCACCAGACUUGUGGUGUCAGCAGCACGUGUCAUUGAGUUUGAAUGUGGUUUUGUAGCAAGUAAACAGAACUGUCAGCUCAAAAACAACUUGAGAACUGCUCUCAUUUGGUAGCGGAUUCAUGUAGGAGUUAAAUGCAGGCCCAUUAAGUGAGCCUUUUAAACCCAAUGGUGCGGACCAAAUGGCGACUUAAUUAAAACAAUGAGUAAUUUUCCUCAUGAACAUGAUGAGAUUAGUGUUCAAAAGCAUUAUGUAAUGUUAUAAAUCACUGUAAACUAGGAUCAGUUUUAACACAGAAAAUGUGUUAAGACUGAUGUUGGAAAGCAGUUUGCGGAGCACUGAAAACCAUUCCAGCCUUUUUUACAAUAUACAGUAUAUUCUGUCUGCAAUUCUGAAUCAAAUCAAGCAUAUUCUUCACUGACUUAAAUUUUUCUUUGGAGAUUUUGAUGAUGUUAAGUCAUAUUGACUACUUUUAAGAUGAGAGACAUGGUUUUGUACAUAGUGUAUGAAGAAAUGUCGUCUGUCUUUUCAGAGAUGUAACUUGCUGAUUUGUUGUGACAUUAUCUGUUUUGUCGUGACUUGAGAGUUUGUUAUUGUAGAUGUUCUCUUUUCUUAUUUAAAGGAUGUAAAGAAUCAAUAUAUAUAUUUCUGGUGCUACCUGUUUGUAAUUUAUAUUGUCUUUGUUGUGUUUAACAGAUGUAAGAUUGUUUUUGUAAGAGAAAGUACCAAUCUUUUGGCAAAAAGGAGCCAAUAAAAUUGAUUUAAACUAA